AUGGUCACUCUCACUCACCUGUGCAGUCGUGGUCACUCCCACUCACCUGUGCAGUCGUGGUCACUCUCACUCACCUGUGCAGUUGUGGUCACUCUCUCUCACGUGUGCAGUCGUGGUCACUCUCACUCACCUGUGCAGUCGUGGUCACUCCCACUCACCUGUGCAGUCGUGGUCACUCUCUCUCCCACUCACCUGUGCAGUCGUGGUCACACCCACUCACCUGUGCAGUCGUGGUCACUCUCACUCACCUGUGCAGUCGUGGUCUCUCUCACUCACCUGUGCAGUCGUGGUCACUCUCACUCACCUGUGCAGUUGUGGUCACUCUCACUCACCUGUGCAGUCGUGGUCACUCUCUCACUCACCUGUGCAGUCGUGGUCACUCCCACUCACCUGUGCAGUCGUGGUCACUCCCACUCACCUGUGCAGUCGUGGUCACUCUCACUCACCUGUGCAGUCGUGGUCACUCCCACUCACCUGUGCAGUCGUGGCCACUCCCACUCAACUGUGCAGUCGUGGUCACUCCCACUCACCUGUGCAGUCGUGGUCACUCCCACUCACCUGUGCAGUCGUGGUCACUCUCACUCACCUGUGCAGUCGUGGUCACUCUCUCUCCCACUCACCUGUGCAGUCGUGGUCACUCUCACUCACCUGUGCAGUCGUGGUCACUCUCACUCACCUGUGCAGUCGUGGUCACUUCCACUCACCUGUGCAGUCGUGGUCACUCUCUCUCCCACUCACCUGUGCAGUCGUGGUCACACCCACUCACCUGUGCAGUCGUGGUCACACCCACUCACCUGUGCAGUCGUGGUCACUCGCACUCACCUGUGCAGUCGUGGUCACUCUCACUCACCUGUGCAGUCGUGGUCACUCUCACUCACUUGUGCAGUCGUGGUCACUCUCACUCACCUGUGCAGUCGUGGUCACUCUCACUCACCUGUGCAGUCGUGGUCACUCCCACUCACCUGUGCAGUCGUGGUCACUCUCACUCACCUGUGCAGUCGUGGUCACUCUCACUCACCUGUGCAGUCGUGGUCACUCUCUCUCCCACUCACCUGUGCAGUCGUGGUCACUCUCACUCACCUGUGCAGUCGUGGUCACUCUCACUCACCUGUGCAGUCGUGGUCACUCCCACUCACCUGUGCAGUCGUGGUCACUCUCACUCACCUGUGCAGUCGUGGUCACUCCCACUCACCUGUGCAGUCGUGGUCACUCCCACUCACCUGUGCAGUCGUGGUCACUCCCACUCACCUGUGCAGUCGUGGUCACUCUCUCACUCACCUGUGCAGUCGUGGUCACUCCCACUCACCUGUGCAGUCGUGGUCACUCUCACUCACCUGUGCAGUCGUGGUCACUCCCACUCACCUGUGCAGUCCAGACGCCUCGUCGCGGCGCAGCAGGCGCCUCGUCGCGGCGCAGCAGGCGCCUCGUCGCGGCGCAGCAGGCGCCUCGUCGCGCCGCAGCAGGCGCCUCGUCGCGGCGCAGAGGCGGUGA